UUAAUUUUUUUAGGACUUUAUGAGAAUCUAUGACGAAGCAUGUAUUGUGGCGUGAUGUGUGAGUGAUUAUUUCAUUGUCUUUAUAAGUGUUAAAAUGUCUCUCUUAUGUUGUGUGGCGCGGAACUGGACGUGUCCCAAUGGCUCUCGACAUGAAACACAAGUGGAUGAUGUUGCAGACCGCUCCACCCCUCCCAUCGAGCCUGUGUCGAGACCCGCUCCAUCUGAGUGAUGAGAAGUCGUUCAUUCUCCAUAAAAAAAACACACCCAACCCUCAGACGGGACUCACCUGGGUAGAGGUCGUAUCAAAUGGGAACGCGAGGAUUUAAUUCGACUUGACACAAUUCAGCAGAACUGAAUUGAACACUGAUGUUUCUGCGGGCUGCGUUGUGUGGAAAUACUGGGGUGAAUUGUGCGGGGAGGAAAACAGUCAACGAGGACGUAAAUGUUUACAUUUGCCCUUGUCCACAGCAGUACUGCCGUCGACUAACUCAUAAAGACACAUACAUCGCGAAUGUAGAAAGAAUGCAGAGGAAUUUUAAGCUCUAACAACGAUGGAAAUAAAAACACGGGCGGAAAACGAAUCCUCCUUCUGCAAGAUUGCGCUGUAAUUGUUUGCUGAACGUGGCUGUCAGACUUUCUGGAGGUUUACGGGACUGUUGUUCUUAAUCUGCGGUCAUGCCGCAGGCUUUAUCUGAUCUCUUCCCUACCUGAGGGGAUCGAGGAUUUCUAAAGUUUUUCCACAGAAUAGAUACAUCUGAUUCAUGGAGCUUUGACCUAAUUUGGCUGGGAUACUAGUUGUUGCAUAUUUGGCAUAAUAUACAUUAUUUUACAAUAGAACUUAAAAUGACCAAAUAAGAAAUUCUAAUUAUUCUGCGCAUGCGGAACCGAUCAUUUCUAAAACUGAACAACGGACGUGACACGAGUCAGGUGUGAAUGAUGAAAAAGUUGGAUAUUGAGUGGGCACUUUGUUAUAGAUUUUGCUUGCAAAUUAAAACGUUUACUAAAACGUCAUAUGUUGCAAGUGUUUAUUGUUUUAUUUAAUAAAUUCAUAUGAUUUAAGUUUAUUUCCUGUAUCAGCUGUGAAAUGACAGGAGUGAGGUGAGCAGAUAAUUGGCGCGAAAUUAAUUUUCAUUAAUGAGAGAAUCGUGUUCUAAUGUAAACAAGCACUAGACGGACGUCUUCGACAGUUGGGCCGCGUUUUUAAAACGGCGUGUCAAGUUAAAAAGAGCGUCAGCUGUUAAAAACGUGUCUCGAGACACAUGCGUUCUGUUAUUUUCAUUGCGCUGCGUGUAGCUUUUCAUACCGAACUGCCCCUUACACACUAUUUUCACUAACAAACUUUAUAGGAGCGAAUGUAAAGGACUUUUAAAAGUUACCUCCAUUUGCUAUCCUAUUCACGUGAACGCAUUUUAAAAGUAUGAACUGUCAGGAGGCCCUUUGAGCCUAUAUUACCAAAUAUGGGAGCGAAACAGACGAAGGCCGCGGGACAGGAGGCUGGUGCGAGUCCUCAGAGUGCAGGAUGGAAACGGACACCGACGAAAGAGCGGGGCGACAUCCUCGCCUCUUUAAUGUUAAGAUCAGGGGAUAAACUGAGGAGCAGCGGGACUCCUCCUCCCUACCAGCGACGCAUCGGGAUGAUACAAGAGAUGAUGCUUUUGGCAAAGCAGGGGAAACACGAUGAGGCGACAGAGAUGCUGAAGACUCUCCGGCAGGAUCUGGGAAUGGAAUCAACCUCUCUGGACGAUGUUCUGUACCGAUAUGCCAGUUUCCGCAACCUGGUGGAUCCCAUUACACAUGACCUCAUAAUUAGCCUUGCCAAAUACGUUCAUUGCCCAAAAACGGAGGGGGACGCUCUGGGUUCCAUGGAGAAGGUGUGCCGUCAGCUGACCUACCACCUGAGCCCACACUCACAGUGGAGACGGCAGGGGCUGCUGAAGAGGAAGCCGCAGGCCUGUCUGAAAUCUGUUCUUUCUGGCCCUCCAUCAACUGGGACAUUAGAACUUUCUGGCUUCCCUCUUGGCGUAAAAGAUAUGGAACGUCUCUGUGCCUACCUGCAUCACUACGCAUCCCGCAUUUGCAGCCUAGAGUUGGGCUUUACCGAGCUCACAGAUGAUGCCUUCCUCCUGCUCCUCCCUACACUGACGUCCCUUCCUCGCCUUGAGACUCUGGCCCUCAAUGGCAACAGACUAACCCGUGCGGUGCUUAAAGAGCUCACAGACACACUGAAGGACCCAGACAGCUUCCCCAGCAUAACUUGGAUUGACCUGGGGAACAAUGUGGACAUCUUCUCCCUCCCACAGCCUUUCCUGCUGAGCCUGCGAAAACGUUGUCCCAAACAGGGCAACCUUCCCACCAUCCUUGAGUUUGGAGAGAGCCAGGCCAGUGAGCCAGAAGGCCGAGUGAAUGAGGAUGACGCAGAUGAUGCAAACAGGACAGAGAGCCUGGGAGAGCUUAGGUCUGAGGUGGAGGAAGAGAUUGAUGGUGAGACAGAGAUCGAAGACAUGAUGGAGGAGUUGCUAGACUUUGACAGGGAGGUGCAGGGUAAGGAGGAUGAGGACGACAGUAUGUGGACCUUGGAGGAGCAAAGGUUAGUGAAAAAUCCAACCAUUGGAUGGAGCAAAGAGAAGAGGCCGUUGAAAGCAGAGGGCGAAGAUGACUUACAUAGUCAGUCUUCCCACCUGUCUUGCUUCAGCCAGUCUCAGCACUCUUCUGGAGCCUUUGAGCAUCUGAGAGAGGACUCUGUCCCAGACCAGUUAGCUGGUCAUUCAGACAACCCUACCUGAUCAAAGCCAGUGUCUAAUUUGAUUAGACAUGGCACCCUUUUGUCCCUUUAAGAAAAAGGAAAAGCCUGCCAGGCUUUUGGAUGUUCUCAGUUUGGCACCUAAACUGAGAGAGGAUUAUCCAAGUAGUCAUGGAGUUCAACAGGUUUCAUAGGGUUGACAAUCACUGAAACGUAUGUGUAAUUGAAGAAGAUAUCACAGUGUUGUUGCUAUUGUUAAUGAUUGUCUAUUGUUGCAAAAGGAGAAAAAUAAAUGUACACAACUAUAAGAAUAUUCACAGAUUACAUAUUUUAUAUAUAUAUAUAUAUAUGUAUAUAUAUAUAUAGUAGAUACCUUAUCAAACUCUGUUUGGAGAGGUGUGUGUGCUUGAGAGGUGUGUGUGCAGGUGCACAUUUUGCUGUUUUUCAUUGCUCGUAAGAGAUGGAUUUGUGCAGGAAAUAAAAAAAUCAGCGGUGGAUUGGUACCUCCAGAUAUCACACUAAUCUACUGUAUUUGUCCGUGUAUGCAUCUGACUGUUGCAAGCACCACAUUCUCUCCUGCAGUGACAAAUCUAAAUGCCAUUCAUUAUCAUCCAAUGAAUAUAAUAUGCAUGUCCCAGGUGUCAGAUUGAUGGGAUGCUAAUGAGCUCAUAUUAAGUGGCCAUAAUUUUUACAGUGGGAAACCAAAAUGUCUUGUCACGGUGUUGCCCCAAAAUAAUCUUUUGUGUAAUACAGAGCAGUGCUUUAAAGAAAUAUUCCAGGUUCAACAAAAGUUAAACUUAAUCGCAUUUGUGGCAUAAUGUUGAUUGCCACAAAAAAAUAUUUUGACCUGUUUUGUAUCUGUUUUUGUUUUGUUUUUUAAAGAAAGAAAGAAAUAAAAUCAAGGUUACAGACCUUACAAUGUAACUAAAUGGGCCACGAUUUUGGAGGGUUUAAAGACAGAAAUGUGAAACUGAUAGUUUUAUAAUAGCACUUACAUUAAUACUUCUGUUAAACAUGUCAUAUUAUUUGAGCUUUAAAGUUAUUUAUUGUCAUUUUUGCAGGAUUGCAUGGUUUACAGCGUUGCGUCCUUAUGACACUGAAGUUGUAAAAUUGGAUUUAACUUUACACAGAAAAGGCUAUCAAGCAAUAUUAUCACACUAAAAUAAUGUUAACGUGCAUAUUGUUUAAAUCUUGUGGCUAUAACUUUGAAACAGUGAGUAUUUGAAUGUUUACGGAUUGGCCCCAUUCACUUCCAUUGUAAGAUGCGAAAGUGAAAUUAAACAGACACCACAUGUACGUUUCUGAUGUAAAAGUGAAAGUGACAAUAGAGAUUUAGAGUAUAAAAAAGGACUUAAAUUUUGAUCUAUUUCUCAUCCACGUCUAUCAUAUCACUUCUGAAGAUAUAUUUAGCCACUGGAGUCAUAAGGAUUACUUUUAUGUUUCCUUUGUUAUUUUUUGAGCAACAAAGGUCUGAUCACUAUUCACUUGCAUUAUAUGGGAUGGCAUUAGGGUGAGUAAAUGAUGAGAGAAUUUUCAUUUUUGGGUGCUAUCCAUUUAACUUGUAUUGAACCUGGAAUAUUCCUUUAAGAAGGACAGAAGCCAAAGAGAAAAGACUCCUUCCACAUAACAAGGUGUUGCAUGGCUACAUAAGGACUAUAAUGCUGAUAGUCUAUUGUUGCUACUUGACGAGAGAAUGCUUGAUGUGGAUUUUGAAGACAUUGUAAGGUUUUUCAGCACUCCUUAAAAUAGACUAACCACUAAAAUUACAAUAAUGUUGGAUUUAUUAAUUAUCUAUUGAUAUUUAAAGAUUAAGAUAUUUCAUAAUAUAAACAUCUAUUUAGUGCCUAGUUAUCAAUUGAAGUUUAAAUAGUUACAUUACUCAAAAGUAGUUCUAAUAAGCCAGUGUGUAAUUUCAAUAAAAGUUUAAAUGACAGUGUACAUUGAUUAGAUAGUAGGCCUAUUUGUCAUAGAAAACAAUAUUCCAGUAUUUAAAUCCUAAUUGAGAAUAGUUCUCAAUUUUACUCAUUUAUUCUAUACUUUGUAUAGUAUCUCGUGAUCUUACAUGCUAAUUCUUCCUCAGUGUUUUUCUAAAGUUGAAUUUACGGUUUAUAACAUGGGUAUGAAUUUCUUUUCAUAAUAGAUGGGUGGUUGCUCUUGUAGUGAAGUUAACCAACAUAUUUCAGAUACCAUUGACAGUCGUGACAUCAUUUUAUUUCCAUUGUUUUUUAGAGCCAGUUGUGCUCUUCUGGUCGCAUGUAGUCUCAAAGCCUCCUGCUCUGUUUCAAAGCCAUAACUUUUAGACCAGUUCAGCCAUUACAGAAAGGGAGAUGUGUAUAUUGACAAUUGCACUGAAGAACUGUGAGGAGUAAAAGUGUAAUUUGUUUGUUUUUUGUCUGUAUUUCUGUCCUGUAUUCCUAGAAUGGUUAAUUAAGCCAGGAGAAUGUUAUUAUACAAGUGCAAAACAGGAACAGCAAUAGGCUAUGUUAAUAUCAUCACUUGUAAACAAAAUGUAUUUGAUUGUUGGCUUCAAAACCAAUAAACCUUUAACAAAU